AUGUUACUUUGUGAUGAGAGCCAUGAUAUACCCAGUGGCACUGAGGACCCCACUGAGAGCUCAGCCUCCUCCUGCAGGGAGGAUAGGGCACCCACCAUAUGUUAUCUCUCUGCCCUCACACCUUCCAUCCUAGGCCCAGCCAGAGUCCCCUUUGGAGGUGAGCAAAUGGAUAGGGAAGUGGGAGAUGAGGGGUUGGGAGGAGGUGUGGUGUGGAGGGCUGGGGAGCCGUGGAAGCCAACAAGACAGAGGGCUGGGGGACUAUCUGUGGCCUCAGUUCCUCACCCCUCCCAGUCCCAGGUAGAGGAGCCAGUCAGCUGCCUACCACUGGAGCCUUUGCCUGGGCCAGACAUGAAGCGCUGCUGGCAGAUUUUUGUCCUGUGCAUCUUCCUGAUGCUCAUCUUGUGGCUGAUGGCCCCCUGCCUGGAUCUGAAGGCGGAAUCGGCACCCCAGGAAAAACGGAUGAAGGUGGUACCACGGCGUUGCAGCUGCUCUCCGUUCAAAUUCAGGAAAUGUGGCUGCCCAUCCGGGACCCUCAACGACUCUGUCUUCCACCACACGGCCGGAGGGAACUGGUUUGAUGUAGGUUACGAGGAGACGAUGGGGUACCUCAUGGGAGCAGCAGAGCCCACCAGCCCUGACGCUGUGCUCUCGUGGUCGGGCAUGAACUCAGCAAGCGAACUGGGCAGAGUGUGGGAGAAGCUGUUCAAGGGGAUUCCCAGGCCCUCGGUGAGCCAUUUAGAUCUCUUCUGUGGAACUUGUGCAUCGGUGGGGAACUCGAAGAUCCUGUGGGCCGCCAGCCUCGGCAAGAGCGCCAAUCACACCGCGGUCUCCAGGAUGAACCAGAUCUCUGUUCAGAGCUUUGAGAUGCUGGGGAACCAAACCACGGGACACUCCAUCUCCCGCAGGAAUGAUAGGGACCAGGGCUCCUGGAGCCAGUUGGUGCUGCUGCUCCUGAAGCUCUUUGUUCUGGCUUGGACUUCAGAUGCUCUGAGUGAAGAGGUGAUGGUCUGGGAACCCAGACAUUCUUAG